AUGGAGAAGGGGAAGCCAUUAUUGCGUUUCGGUGGAAGGACCACGGGAGGAGCAGCGGGAGCAGGAGCAAAAGAAGAUGUUGGUGGUUGGCUGAUUGAGCCACCUCCUCCUACCAUGGAGAAGGCAAAGCCAUUAUUGCGUUUCGGUGGACUGAUCGUGGGAGGAGGGUAA